AAUCGUUACUAAUUUGUUUAGCUGAUUAACGGCAGAAGAAGAAGAAUUUGUUUAGCAUACAACUUGUCGCUGGUAAAAUCGAUAAAAUUAAGAAAAAUUGCAUAAAGUAAUUGAAUAAAAUUCAAUAAAUCGCAAAAUGCUGCAGUACGUAUUGUUUUUAAGUUUGGCCUGUCAAUAUGCUACGGCAUACACACACACAUACACACCCAUUUCUAAGGAAAGCAUUUUUGCUGAUGUUUUAUUAAGUGAACUAUUGAAUCGUAUGGACAAGGACGGUGAUACCGUGAGCAAUUAUUUUGAUAUAGAUGGUGAUUUGCCUAAAGGCGUUGAUUUAGUGUCACGUUCGUCAAGUCAAAAUAUACCCGAUGAUUAUGAAUUUCGCAAUAUGUUUUCGGUUGCUUCAAAUCCUUCGUUACGCGAUCAAGAAUACUUGCAACAUAGCUCAUUGUGGGGCCAUCAGUAUGUUUCGGGUGGCAUGGGUGAGGCGCCUAAUCAUUAUCCAUCUUUAGUUAAGACCGAUGCAAGCCUACCAGCCUAUUGUAAUCCUCCAAACCCCUGCCCAAUCGGUUAUGACGAAACACAAGGUUGCAUUUCGGAAUUUGAAAACACCGCUCUUUUUAGUCGAGAAUAUCAAGCAGCCCAAGAUUGUACAUGCGAUAAUGAGCAUAUGUUCGAUUGUGCCGGCCAGGACAGUAGCGGCGGUGGUGGUAAUAGUGAAAUUGCUUCAACAAUGGAAAAAUUUUUAAUGCAUCAAUUUCAAAAUGAUAAUGGUCUCGAGAACUCCAAUCCGAAUGGCGGCGUUGUUAAAAAAUUCUUCUCCUACAAUCAUCCAACAGAUAAUAAUCCCUUCCUCGAGGGUGAGAAACUACCAAUUGCCGCGAAGAAAGGCAUUCAUAUCAAAAUCUAAAUCAGAUUAAAUUGUUAUUUAUUGAAAUUUAAACUUAAAUGCAUCGUAAAAAACUUGUUUUAAAAUGCUUACAUGUAUAAAUGUGUGUACGUAAUAGUCUAUGUGUUUUCUUCCUGUUAAAUGCAAGUGCACAGCAAUCCAUUAGAAAUAAUAAAAUAAACAUCAAUCCUGUAA